UCUUCUUUCCAACCCCAUCCAUUAAUUCCAAUUUCAUUACAAUUCUUUUUCCAACCCCAAAUCUCAGUGGAAACAAUUUCUUUCUCUUAUUGGUCUUUGAUUAUUUUCCCUUUAAUCUUCUGUUUCUUCCGUCUUCCCCCCCCCAUAUAACUUAGGUUUUUGUGUAGAGUUCGAUGAAUUUUCGAGAAGCUAGGGUUUGGAUUAAUAGAGUAGUAAAUAGUGUAAUUUCUCUCUGAUUCGAGACAAUGAGUGCCGUCAACAUCACUAACGUUACCGUUUUGGAUAACCCGGCGUCCUUCUUGUCUGCUUUUCAGUUCGAGAUCUCCUACGAGUGUCUGACUCCACUUAAAGAUGAUUUAGAAUGGAAACUUAUCUACGUGGGAUCUGCAGAAGAUGAGACUUAUGAUCAACUACUGGAGAGUGUACUUGUUGGACCUGUUAAUGUUGGAAAUUACCGUUUUGUAUUACAGGCAGACCCACCAGACCCAGCAAAGAUUCGUGAAGAAGAUAUUAUUGGUGUCACAGUGCUUCUAUUGACUUGUUCGUAUCUUGGCCAAGAGUUUGUCCGAGUGGGUUACUAUGUUAAUAAUGAUUACGAUGAUGAGAAGCUUAGAGAGGAACCUCCCACAAAGGUCUUGAUUGAGAAAGUCCAAAGAAAUAUUCUGACUGAUAAACCCAGGGUGACAAAGUUCCCCAUAAAUUUCCACCCCGAGAGUGGUGGAAAUGAAGAAGCCCCACCAUCUGAUCACCCUGUUGAAAAUGAGGGAAACGAGGAACCCCUUCCAUCUGAUCACUCUGUUGGAAAUGACAAAGAUGAGGAACUUCCUGCUUCAGAAAAUCCAAAAGAACAGCAGGAACCAUAACCUGGUAACUGUUUCAUGGAUUGAACUUCAAAUAUGAACUACAAUUUGACAUUGGAUGAGGAUGCUUAAUGAAGUAAUGAUUUGGAAGUGCUGGGUUUGAUUUGGCUGUUUUUGUUUCUUUGCGUAACUGUUUCACUAUGAUGAUUUGCUUAGGAACUUGAAAUUUAAAAUUGGAUUUCCAAG